AUGCAGCAGUCACUCGAGGAAACUCCACUGCUACAGAGCGAGCAAAUGGGACAAUUGUCGCUUUCAUCGCUCGUCUCGACGUCGGCCAGCAAGGAGUUAACCGAGAAGAGUUUUCACGAGAUUUGCCACGCAUAUACUCGUGUCGACUUGUGCCUUCAUUCAUGCGAAAAGGUCUCGCAACAUUCAGCAAGCAUUCGCAAAACCUACGCCGGUAUCCGCUUCAUCUGUGUCGAGCAUCGCGAUGAAUUCUUCCGGUCACUUCCAUGCCUAGCCGAGCAAGAGCGCAUCGCGCUGGAUCAAUGCCGGCCGCAAAUCAACUCAUCACUCGCGGCUAGUAAUCGUUUCUCGAUGACAGUCCUACGAAAAGAGCACCACAAUCUGAGGCCGCAUUUCGAGUCACUUUGCAAAAAGCUUGGGACCAUGAUCGAGUGUGUUGAACCAGUCACAAGAGCGGGCUGUGGGGAUCAAGCAGCGAAGAUGAUGCUUCGCUUCAUUACUGUAGGAUUCACGAGCUUCGAGCAACUCUAUUCACAGCUCGGAAUCUCCGAUCAACUCCCAGCUGCUUGCAAAUCUCUGUUAUCCCUUCAACGCCGCGCCAUCAACGCCCACGAUCAUUCCAAAUUCGCCCUUUCCCAAUCGCAUUCCGAAUAUAGUGUCUUCAGCAAUUCAAUCCUUCCAAAUUUCAAUUUUCCAAUUCUCAUCUGCCUCCUUUCAUCAUUAUUUUUCUGA